CCAACAAGGGGGGAAAAAAAACCUCCGACCGAAAAAAAAAACUCCCUUCUUUGGCGGCAACAAUUAAGAGCUCACUUCAACAAACGUGUCGAAAUCAAAAUCCUCUCUCUUUCUCUUAAAUCCGAUCUCGAUGCGUUACAAAAUCUCAAACCCUUUCAUCCUCCUCCUCACCCAACGAUGAUCAAAAAGCGAGUUUCCUCGUCGAACUCGCUCCAAAACCAGCUCUGGGUCCUCUUCCGCCUCGUAAUCUCUCUCUCCGUCAUCGCCUGCGUCCUCGCGCUGUUGAAGAUCCAUUCUCAGACGAUCUCGCCGCUGCCGGCCGCGGCGGUGGUUCGAUCGGAGGAGGAGUUCGUCGGAAACCCUAAAGUCGCGUUCUUGUUCCUCGCGCGUGCGGGGUUGCCGCUCGAUUUUAUCUGGCACGCGCUCUUUCAGAACGCUGAAGAGGGGAGUUUCUCGAUUUAUGUGCAUUCGAGCCCGGGGUUUGUGUUUGAUGAGUCGACGACGAGGUCGCCAUUCUUUUUUGGGCGGCAGGUUGAGAACAGUAUUCAGGUGGCAUGGGGAGAGGCCAGUAUGAUUGAAGCGGAGAGGAUUUUGCUGAGGAAGGCACUUGAGGAUCCUGCGAACCAGCGGUUUGUAUUGCUAUCAGAAAGUUGCGUUCCUCUUUACAACUUCAGCUAUAUAUAUAACUAUUUGAUGUCUUCUUCGAAAAGCUUUGUGGACAGCUUUCUUGAUAAGAAGGAUGAUAAAAAGGAUGGUCGUUACAAUCCAAAGAUGUCUCCUACUAUCCCCAAGGACAAAUGGAGGAAAGGAUCUCAGUGGAUAACAUUAGUUAGAAAGCAUGCAGCAGUGAUCACUGCUGACAAUAUUGUCUUUCCAAUUUUCAGGAAACAUUGCAAGCGAAGACCAGAUCUAGAUCUUGAAGGAAAGCAGAAUGCGAGAAAAAUUGUCCAGAAGGAGCACAAUUGUAUUCCUGAUGAACAUUACGUGCAGACAUUGCUAUCUAUGAGCGAGCUUGAAGAUGAACUAGAGCGGAGAACAUUGACGUAUACUUCGUGGAACCAGUCGAAGAAUGGAAAGGGAAAACAAAAUUGGCAUCCGACCACCUUUCAAUAUGAAACUGCAAGCCCAGAGCAUAUUAAGCAAAUAAAGGACAUCAGGAAUGUGUACUAUGAAACAGAAUUCCGGACAGAGUGGUGCCAGAGCAAUUCCACAUUAGUGCCCUGCUUUCUGUUUGCAAGGAAGUUCACUCGUGGGGCCGCCACUCGUCUCUUGACUGAGGGUGUUGUUGGCCCCUUUGAUGCUUCUUCGCUACUUUUACAAAGUUCAACACGAUGAUCAGUUGAGAACUUAUUUCAAUUCAUCUUUUGGACUUGGCUUGAAUGGUGCUUGAUCCUUGGCGUCCUAUGCUCUCAUGAUGAAGUUACAUUUGCGGUGAUAUUACUAUAAGUUUCACCCAGGAGUACUGCUGGUGAUGACUCACAGUGGCAAGUGAUCUGCAAUAUCACACGGCAAACUAGUUGCGAGAACUAACUCAAUACUGGACCUAGAUCUGUAUACAAUCAGAGAAAUAUAUACGAAGUAGCUUAGUAGUAUACUUGAUAUGAUUGAGCUUCCGAGAUAUUAGACGAGACAUAGCAGUAAUAUUAUUGACCCAGAAGUUGCCAGGUGUAAGGGAAUCAUCAAAAAAUUUUUUUUUAAAUAUUUAUGAUUAUUUAAGGAUAAAUGAGUUUGUAACAUGGAGGGUUGGUGACGUUGGAUGUUAGGCGUAAUUUUCAUUUAAUUGAGGCGUUUCUUGGUGGUCAUUGAGGAGAGAUAAUUUGUAUUAUAAAUGACUUACCCUCUAUAAUUCUAAAGAGUACUAAGUAAGUCA